UGUUGCUAAUGGCAGACAGCAAAGUAGAGAUUCCAACAGAUAGCUCCAGCAUUGUCCAAAGCAGCAGCAAUGCUCCUUCGCAGCCCAAUAACCCGCUAUCAAGAAAACUUAAUAAAAUUUUGGAAACCAGGUUGGAUAAUGAUAAGGAGAUGCUCGAAGCGUUGAAGUCUCUGUCAGUUUUCUUCACUGAAAACAGUCUUCGGACUCGUAGGAACCUUCGUGGUGACAUUGAGAAACGUAGCCUGGCCAUCAACGAGGAAUUUGUAAGACUGUUUAAAGAUGUGAAAGAAGAACUUGAGAGUAUACAUGAAGAUGUCCAGGCCAUGAGCACCUGUUGUGAAGAAAUGACAAGCAGGUUGAAGGCUGCCAAAGAACAAACACAGGACUUAAUUGUGAAAACUAACAAACUGCAAGGAGAAAAUCACCGUCUGGAGGUGCGAGCCCAGGUAGCCCAAGCGUUCUUGGGGAAAUUCCAGCUGAGCAGCGAAGAGAUGGCCACUCUGCGCUGCUCUCGAGACGCUCCGAUCACCGAGGACUUUUUUAAAGCUCUGUGUCGAGUGAAGCAGAUACAUGAAGAUGUGAAGGUUCUACUGAGGACAAACCAGCAAACAGCAGGGUUGGAGAUCAUGGAACAGAUGGCAGUGUUGCAGGAGACGGCGUAUGAGCAGCUGUACCGCUGGGCACAGAAUGAGUGUCGUGGACUGACUCAGGAGACUUGUGACAUUGCCCCUGUGAUGAGUCAGGCCAUGGAGGCUUUGCAGGACCGGCCUGUCCUUUACAAGUACACUCUGGAUGAGUUUGGGACGGCCAGGAGAAGCGCCGUCGUCCGGGGGUUCAUCGACGCUCUGACUCGGGGUGGACCGGGUGGGACUCCGCGACCAAUAGAAAUGCACUCUCACGAUCCUUUGAGGUAUGUUGGAGACAUGUUGGCCUGGCUCCACCAAGCCACCGCCUCAGAGAAGGAACAUCUGGAGGCCUUACUGAAACAGGUCACGCUGCAAGGGGUUGAGGAGAACAUGCAGGAGGUGGUGGGGCACAUCACUGAGGGAGUCUGCAGGCCACUCAAGGUCCGUAUUGAGCAAGUGAUCGUGGCAGAACCGGGUUCUGUACUACUAUACAAACUCUCCAAUCUCCUGAAGUUCUAUCACCACACCAUUAGUGGCAUCAUUGGGACCAGUGUGGCCUCUCUGCUCAUCACCAUGGAGGAGAUGCAUGUCCUCAGCAAGAAGAUGUUCUUCAACAGCCUCAGUCUACACGCCAGCCGCCUCAUGGACAAGGUGGAGCUCCCGCCGCCUGAUCUCGGCCCCACCGCGUCUCUCACCCAGACCCUGUCUCUCCUCAGGGAGGUGCUCGCCUCCCACGACUCCUCUGUGAUCCCUCUGGACGCACGCCAAGCAGACUUUGCCCAGGUUCUGUCCUGUAUCUUGGACCCACUGCUGCAGCUGUGCACAGUGUCUGCUAGUAACCUGGGCACUGCAGACAUGGCCACUUACAUGGUUAACUCCCUUUACAUGAUGAAAACCACGUUGGCACUAUUUGAGUUCACGGACAAGCGUCUGGAGAUGCUUGAGUUCCAGAUUGAGGCACACUUGGACACUCUGAUCAAUGAGCAGGCAUCCUAUGUUUUAACCAGAGUGGGCCUGAGUUACAUCUACAACUCUGUACAGCAGCACAGUUCAGAACAGGGCCCUCUGGCUAACCUCCCCAGCAUGGACAGCUCAUCGCUAAAAGCGGCAAUGGUCCAGUUCGACCGAUACUUGUCCUCCCCUGACACUCUAGUGAUGCCUCAGCUCAACUUUCUUCUCAGUGCCUCCAUCAAGGAGCAGAUAUUCAGGCAGUCCACUGAGCUGGUGUGUCGAGCGUACGGAGAGGUGUACGCGGCCGUCACUAACUCCGCUAAUGGCUACAAAGAACCAGAGUCCAUCCUGCACCGAUCUCCGCAGCAGGUGAAGACGCUCCUGUCCUAAGAGGCUAAUCUGAAGAACGUCAGGUGGACGUCUAGACCCUCAGGAGAGAGUAGUCUGAGAGAUCAGCCACGACAGGGGAAGCCGUACUGUAUCGUAAGCCUCCGGGCCACAGAAGGACUCUCAAGUUGGAUUAAGGGAGUCAAAGACUGAGCUAUAA